AUGACAGGCCCGCAAAAGGAUUUCAUCCUCUUUGAUGAACCCACACCGCCCGUUCCUCGCGAUCAGCCCUUCUCAACACCGUCGUCGGGUAGCGACGCACCCAUCCUUGGCUCUUUCAGCAAGCACCGCUCGCCGCGCCAGUCGCCCAACUUCAAUGACAUUGUCACCCCCCAACAAGACACAAUAGACGAUGCAGGUGCACCAAGACGCAAGCGCCAGAAGAGCGAGGUAUAUGCAACCUCCUCUUCCUACUCACGGUCCAGCAGAGAAGGCUCAUCAGGCCAAGCUUCCAACGACCGAGUCACUCCUCCCGAUCCGCCCAGCGGCAGCUUGGGUGCUCCCAUGCACGACCUCAGCCUGGGCGACUCCAUGCCAUCAGCAAAGUACGACCCCGACAGUGCGGCCUCUGCUCUCGCCUCGCCGGCAACAGCCGCAAUGACCCGCGAACAGCAGGAACGUGUCAAGGCACAGAUCCGGGCAGAGCUCGCCGGAGUCGACACUCGUGCCUUCAAAGGUCCCCUCCGCGACAUCAUGCAAAAGCACGACUAUUCGCCUAGACACAACGACAUGCAGACCAGCCCGCUCUCGGCAUCGUCCGAUCCCAUGCAGGCAGGCGUUGCACCGUCCUUCAGUCUCUUCCCCGACUAUGAGGUCGGAGGCCAGUCACAGGCUCAGCCUGGCCAGCCCAUCAAGAGGCAGCCGCAGGUUCCUGCCGAUACCAACCAAGAGAUGCCUCCAGUCGCGCAUCGGCCUGCCGAGCUUCGUAAACGAAGCAGCACCUUCGAAGGCGGUUUCGGCCCAAUGUCGUAUCCACCGGCACGUCACUCGCAAAAUUACUUGCCCGACUGGGCUCGACAGUCGCAGUCCAGCCAAGCAUCGCGCGACGCACAGUCCCAGCAGUUCCGAUCAUCUCAACAGUCCCCGCAAUCUCAGCAUUCUCAGCCAUCUCCGCAUCAGCAACGACCACACAUGCCACCACCUAUCAUGUCGCAGAGCCAACUCGCUCAACGUGGUGGUCCAGUAUCCAUGGCCUCCUCCGCUGAUCCUGUCGGUGCACCUGUCAACGGCUACAGCCCCGGUCAACGAAGGGCGCUCAAACGCGAAUCCAGCGGUCUCACCGUCAGCCCUCAGGAGGCGUUCUUGGAUUAUGACGAUGUCGAGAACGCUCUCUCGCACUCGGGGCUCGGCAAGAUGCCCAGUCUCUUCGCAACCGUACCGCCGGGAUUGUCCGAUGCAAAGUCAGGCUCGUCGCUCUACUCGGGAUCGCAGAGCGGAAGCAACACGCCUCGGAUGACCUCGCAACAGAAUGUUCCGCGCGCCAGAUCAUCUACCGGCGAGCCUAGCUAUGCGGUACGACCGGUACCAAUGAGCAGGAAUGACACGGCCAGGCCGCAUCAUUAUCAGAAUCAGAAGCGGCCUGCUCCCACCGCUCAGCAGCCUACCGUCGGACGAUCCCCUUAUCCAGGCCAGAGCGAUGGUCGUGGAUCCGUCAGUCAAGAGUCGGGCUCUCAAAGCAGCCUCUUCAGCCCCGUCGACAGCGGCGACACGAUCUCGACCGAUGACGACGAGGACGAGAGGCCAUAUUACCCACCCAACAUGCGACCCAGCAUGAUCCGCGGCGGUCCCAGCAGCCUGUAUCUGAACUAUCCGACCAAAUCGGACGGUCGCGUGCCUGCGUCGCCUUCCGCGAUGCCAUCGCGACCGCUGAUGGGCAAGGAACGCACCUCGAGUGCGGGAAGCGGCGCUUGGUCCCACGUUCGUAACGAGCCGUGGGCCUUCCGCCAGGCGCACAUGCAACAUCCUCGCUUCUCUGACGUGUCGGCGUCGAGCAGCGACUCGGAGGACGACCGCAACGGCAGGAGAGGUGCCUACUUGCAACGACAGGAAGCGGAACACCACUCGCGUCAGGCAUACCCAAGCCACCAUCACCACCAACACGGUUCUGGUGCGCACCUGCAUCCACACCAUUCGCAAUCCCCCCAUUCGCGCUACGCUCAGCCUGGCCCACGUCCCCCUCACAGGCCUAGCCUAGGUGGGCAUCAAUCAUCGUCCGAGUCAGUCGACGACACGGACGACAAGCAUGCACGUCCCACGUACCCCUCUAGCAGGAUGGAUGACAGGUAUUUGCCGCCGCCAAGGAUGAACAUGCCGGGUGCUCUGGGAGGUUACGGGUACAUCCCUGGCAGUCAAGAGUCUGGCUUGAGCGUCAAUGUAGGUGUUGCUGCGGCAGGUGCUGGCAGCAGUCAGGAUGAGGACAGCCUGAGCCCUUUGAAUCGAUCUUCGGCAAAAGCUAGCGAUCCUCACGCCAAAGGUGCAGCCGAGAUUGGGGCUCCUCCUCCGCUGUUGACGUCGAGACAGCCGGCUUCGGCUGCAAACGUGCAAAGACCGGGAGCAGCAGCAAGUACGCCCAGUUCGGGUGACUCUCUGCCGAUCAAGGACGACAGGGUGGAAGCUAGUGGCGAAGAGGAGGAAUCCGAAACGGGGACCAACAGCGUCACUGGCGAUGGAGAUGAGUCCGACUAUGAAGCUUCGCCCGAGAGCACCUCUGCCAAUGCCUCGAAGAAGGCCGCCGCGCGUUCCGCACCCAAGGCGUCCAAACCGCGCACAUCGACCGACAACACUGCCAAGCCGAGCGCGACCGUGGCUGCGGAUGGAACGACUCAGUGCGACUACAUUUCUCCCAUCACCGGCAUCGCUUGUCAGACGGCGUUCCAUCGACCGUACGAUCUUGCGAGGCACAGGGAGACGAUCCACGCGAGGGAAGAGGCUGGCUUCAUGCGGGAAGGCAAGUUGAAACUGGAGGACUGCGUCGUGUUGGGCAAGGAGGUCGAUCCGAAGAAGAGUACGGCGGUGGUCGAGUGGAAGUGCAAGACGUGUGGGGCUAACUUCAGUAGGAAGGACGCUAUGUUGCGGCACGAGAGGUUGAGGCAUAAUGCUGCCAAGUAA